AUGACAAACCACAAAGCUGCCACUUCCCUUCUUCAGAUUGUAUCCUUUCUUUCUUUCUUCUUGCUAGCCACUUUCCCGCACCCAAUUCUGUCCACAAAAGGUUCAAAAGGCUUCGAGUUCCUAAAAAAUCUAAAGGGAUGCCAGAAAGGUCAGACAGUUAAAGGCCUGCGUGAACUCAAACUGUAUCUCAAGAAAUUUGGGUACGCAGAUGUCCAUAAAAACCAUAGACAGUAUGAAAAUUCUGACCGAUUUGAUGACAUUUUAGAAAAAGAAAUCAUAAAUUACCAACUCUAUUAUCAUUUGAAAGCCACUGGAGCCUUAGAUGCUGCUACGGUGAAACAGAUGACUGUACCUAGAUGUGGAACCCCGGACAUUGUCAAGGGAAAAACUCACAUGAAAUCAGGCAAGGAGGAGCAUAUUAGUGGAGAAGUGUCCCAUUUUACAUUUUCUGAAGCUGUUCAUCCUCUUCAGAAGCCUGAUAUUGUGAUUGGAUUUCACCGCGGUCAUCAUGGUGACAUGAGCAGCUUUGAUGGUGCUGGUGGAGUACUUGCUCAUGCUUUUUCACCCAGAGAUGGACGGUUUCAUUACGAUGCAGAAGAGAAAUGGAGCACUUGUCCAGUUCCAGGGCAACGCACAAUGGACCUGGAAACAGUUGUGUUACAUGAAAUUGGGCAUCUUCUAGGGCUUGGCCACAGCACAGAACCAAAUGCAGUCAUGUUCCCUAGCAUCAGAGCUGGAUCCCUAAAACGGCAACUGGAUGUAGCCGAUAUUCGAGCCAUUUUUCCACACCCUAUUCUGUCCACAAAAAGUUCGAAAGGCUUUGAGUUCCUAAAAAAUCUGGAGGGGUGCCAGAAAGGUCAGACAGUUAAAGGCCUGCGCGAACUCAAACUGUAUCUCAAAAAAUUUGGGUAUGCAGAUGUCCAUAAAAACCAUACAGAGUAUGAAAAUUCUGACCAAUUUGAUGACAUUUUAGAAAAAGAAAUCACAACUUACCAGCUCUAUUAUCAUCUGAAAGCUAGUGGAACCCUAGAUGCUGAGACAGUGAAACAGAUGAUGGUACCUAGAUGCGGACUCCCAGACAUUGUCAAGGGAAAAACUCCCACGAGAUCAGGCAAGAAAGAGCAUAUUAGUGGAGGUAAAAGCAGCUCUCUCCACACAGUUUCACACUAUAGUUAUACCUUCUUCCCGGGAAUGCCUAAAUGGCCACUUUAUAAAUCCCACCUCACCUAUCGAUUCAGCUCUAGCAUCCCUGUUACUGACAUCAAGACUUUGAAAGCUGUCUGCUCAAGUGCUUUUGCGAGAUGGGCAGAGGUGAGCCAUUUUACAUUUUCUGAAGCGGUUCAUCCUCUUCAUAAGGCCGAUAUUGUGAUUGGAUUUCACCGUGGUGAUCAUGGUGAUAGGAACAGCUUUGAUGGUCCUGGUGGAACAAUUGCUCAUGCUUUUUCACCAACAAAUGGAAGGUUUCAUUACGAUGCAGAAGAGAAUUGGAGCACUUAUCCAGCGCGAGGCACUAUGGAUCUGGAAUCAGUUGCUUUACAUGAAAUUGGGCAUCUUCUUGGGCUUGGGCACAGCAGAGAACCAAAUGCAAUCAUGUUCCCAAGAAUCCCAGCUGGAUUCCUAAAGCGGCAACUGUAUGUAGAUGAUAUUCAAGGUAUAUGUGCCUUGUAUCGUCUCCACCCAUAACUAUGAUUUACCAUACAUAAUAAAGAUACAAAAGCAAAAGAAAUUUUGCAGAUAAGUGAUGCAACUAGGUAAGUAUAAAUGGUGUUCAUCAGAGAAAACUCAUUGUUCAAUACUAUCUGUCAUGUUAUCUAUCUUCUACUUAACAGUUCACGCAAUAAAGGGGAUGGACGUGUAUAAGAACCCACUUCCACAGAGAGUAAAUUGUUCUAUUUGGUUGUACUUCAUAAGAGAAAAUAAAGAGAAUUUGUAAUAUGCUUCUAAGUACUUGUUUCACAACCACAAACAGUCAAUAAUAACAUAAAAACAAACAAAAAUCAUCUUCCGGUAUCAGAAGAAGUUUCAGUAUGCAAAGUCAACAAAUACAUUGACUCGGUAACAUCAUUUAGAUUGAAUGAAAAUACUUCAAAUCUCCAAUUAAAUGAACAAUCUUUUCUGCAUUCAAAACAGAUUACAAGUAAAUCAGUUCAAGUCCACUCACUCUACAAACUAAGCAAUUCAAAAAUUACCUCACUAAUGAUUUCCAAAUCCAUUAACCUCAGACGACACAGGAACAAUACUCGAAUUUGUCUUCUGUUGUGCAGCAUUUUCUUCCAAACUACUCUCUUCAUCAUCAGAAUCUAAUGUAAACUGAGUUUGAUUGCCCAACUGAUGUAACUCUGCAUUAAGAGGCUUGUAACUUGAAUAAUCGCCACCAGGAAAUCCAAACUUAUUACCAAUAAAUGAAUAAAACCCAACAAU